AUGGAGUUUUCCAGUUUCCAUCUUCAGCAUCAGCUUCAAGAAGAAUCUGCUCAGUGUAUAGCUUCAGCUACUCCGCCAUCUCUCUAUAAACCUUCUACCACCACUAGUCAAUCAUGGAUCCCAAGCACCAUAUACAAUGGUUCUACCAGUGGGUUUAUAACGGGGAGCUUUAACAAUUCAAGAGAACUAGGGCACAAGCACACCAUGAUUGAUUCACUUAGAAUUUCAACUGGGCAAGCCUAUGGUUUUCACAAUGGAAAAAGCUUCACUCAACGGCCAGCUAGUGAUGAUCUCUUUCCAGCAAAAAUCAAAGGCGAAAUGAACAGAAGCUCCUCGAAGUCUAUGAAUGAAUCAUGUUCAUUAAUCUCAACACAUGAACCACAACAUUCUCCUAGUUUCUUAUCUAAUAUUUCUGUAACUGGUGAGGAGUUUUUUCCUGAGGAGGAGGAGCAUCAUGUUCACAAGCCUAUAGAUGGAAUAGAUGGAGGGAUGGCCCUAACCAAGAGAUAUAACUUUGGAGAUGUUUCCUCAAAUUUACCAACCCUAGAUAUGUCCUCUUCGAUAGUUUCAUGUUCUUUGGGCUUAAAUCAUCAAGCGUUGGGUCUGCAUACAAGUUAUAAUAAUGGGAGUUAUGGCCUCCAACCUUGCUAUGAUACUUUUGGUCUUAAUGAGGCCAUAUCAUUAAGCCACCGCAACAUGCAUGGUCUUGAAAGUAGUCCAACAAACAGCUCUCAGAAAAUUUCAUCAUUCACAAGUGAAGUUGCAAUGAAAAAGAGGUCUAGCUGUUGCUCUCUACCAAAAGAAUAUGAAGGAAAAGCUAAGAAGUCAAGGUCUUCAUGCCCUUCCCUAAAGGUCAGAAAGGAAAGAUUAGGAGAUAGGAUCCAAACUCUUCAGCGAUUAGUGGCACCUUUCGGGAAGACCAGUACAGCCUCUGUUUUAAGUGAAGCUAUUGGCUACAUCCUUUUCCUUCGCCAACAAAUCCAGAGGCUAGGGCUAGCUGAAGGCCUUGAAACUAUAGAGAAUGGGAAGACGCAGGAACGAAUAAACGAAUUGCGUUUGUAUAUAUUUCUUCGAUACUUAUAUGCUCUUUGUUCACUGCAGACUUUGAGCAUUCCUUACAUGAAAUCCGCGCAAAACAAGCCCUCUAGAAUGGUGCAGCUGGAAUCAAACGAGGAUGAAAGCAGAGAAUUCAAGCCAGACCUUAGAAGCAGAGGGUUGUGUCUUGUGCCCCUUUCUUAUGCAUCAUUUAUUAAUCGUUGUUCUUAG